UUCUCCAAGAUUUUCUUAAACAAAACAAAGAGCGUGAUCCGAUGAGAUUCUGCUUCGAUGAUACUGAUUUUCAACUUGAGAAUUUCAAGGAGUUGCUAGAGGAUUUAAGGAGUAGUAAUGAAGGCAGUAGACCAUUGAGGCAAACUGAUCCGUAUGAGGAGUCUCCUUCCAGCUCUGAAUGUAGUACAAGGUCGACUCUGCCAUCCCGAGCAACUGGUGAGAAAACAGAACUGUGUCUAGCUGACUUGUGUGCAAAUCAGGAAACUGGUCCUGAGUCACAAAUAGAUCAAUUGGGUGAUUCACACUGUCUUGCUGAGGGAAACAGGAAAUGCUGUAAUGCAAACAUGAAGGAAGUGGAAAAUUUGUCAACUUGUGAUGAAAUGAAAGCUGAUGAUAGAGUUGCCAAUGAAUAUUCUAACACAAAAUUCAGUUCCCCUGUUCAAGUGACUCCAUUGUUCAGAUCACUGGCAGCAGCAAUUCCCAGCCCAAAGUUUUCAGAAAGUGAGAAGCACUUCCUGAUGAAAACACUUGGAAUAGAUUCGACAUCCCCGAGUCCAUCCACCAAUCCUUCAAAACCUCUACCCUGCAAAAGGUCCCUCUUCCAUUGCCUCUGACUAAUCUCACCGAUCAACCUUACAGGCAUAAUCUGUGGAAUUUGGAGUCACCAAUCGACCUGAGUUUUUAAAAAUAGGCCUUUGAAGAUAUGAUUCCCUAUCUAGGAUGCUAUGGAGCAUUCUAGUUCUUCUUCCCCUUCUGAAGUUUUCUCCCUUAGAACUCACUUCGAUUCUAGUGAGAUUUAUUAUAGCCUCUAAUUCUUUUGUUUUGUGUGCCAUGGAACUCGGAUAUGGCUAUCUGUUGUUCUGAUAAAGGCUCGAAAGGCCAAACUAUACAUAACCUAUACUACAAUACUUUAGUCAUUCAGAGUGUGAGAAUAGAAUGGUAUCUAGCCAAUACUACUGUAUUAUAAUUUAUAGGCGUGCAGAGUACUCUAUAAGUUUCUAUGUUGUUCUAAUAUUUUUCUUUUUCAUCGUCUGUAUGAAAUUUAUACAUAUUGGAGUGAAUAAUGCGAUACAGUUAUGUUUGCAGACA